AUGACGUGCUCUGAAUCGUCCAAGCAGGCUAUGAUGUCAGGCUGGCAGUUCCAGAACUCCGAUCAGCCGGUUCCCUCGCGCGAGGAGCUGGCCAGCAGCUUCACCAUCAAAGCCCGGCCGUCCACCGACAUCUGGGCCAAACCGCCCUCGACCCACCGCUUCAAUGCCCCAAUUCUCUACAGGACGAUGCCUCUCGCGUCUUUCCAGAAGGCUCGCGUGCGAGUCUCAGCCAAGUGGACGACCCUCUACGACCAAGGAGGCCUGAUUCUUGCUCUCAACCGGCGUGGUGGCGGACAUAACCCCGACAACGACAGAAAGUGGAUCAAGGCGGGCAUCGAGUUCGUCGAGGGCGUGCCGCGGUGCAGUACAGUUGCAAGAGACCGAUGGGCGGACUGGAGCCUAUCUCCUCUGCCGCCGGCCGGACAGAGCGCUGUCGAUGAUGAGGGUGACGGGGUUGGCGUGACGAUCGAGAUGGAGCGACGGGCAAGGGAUCAGACGCUGUGGGUGUACGCAGUUGGCAAGGACGGUGCGAGGACGCCGAUGAGGGAGGUGACCUGGCUGUUCGAGGACGAGGAACAGCUCGAGUGCUGGGUCGGCGUGUACGUCUGCCGCCCGUCGUCGGCGCCCGAGCUGGGCGAUCUCUGCGUGUCUUUCUCCCAGCUCGACAUCUAG